UGGAAGUCGGGAACGACUAUUCACACAGCUGUCUGACCAUCAAGAAACUUUAACAAGCAGGAGAUCAGGGUGGUCGUCCUAAAGGGUCAGGAGCGCCCACCGUCUGAGGCCUUGGAAAUCACCAUAUCGCAACCGCAACCUUCCCCUGCUAUCCCCACACGUUUUGUCGAAGGCAAUGUAUUCUUACGUGGCCUCGAGCAUGUUCGGCGACGAAUCGCACGGUCUCACAUAUAACAACUUACAGCGACCUUGUGUUUCCAACGAUGUGCAGUCGUCUGAGCUCAACACACCCCCACCGUGCCUCCCAGUAACACAAACGUUCAGUCACAACACGCAAUCCUACUAUUCAGUUAUAAAAGAAUACGAAUGUGCCAUCAAGCACAAUGCAGAGCUCUGGCUAGAACUACGCAAGGCCAAAGAAGACGCUGAAUGCGCGGACAAAGCAGCGCGUGACCUUGCGGCUUGGAUGCACGAUGAACGACAGGGACUUCUCCAGAGAAUAGCUGAGCUGCAAGCAACCAAUGAUCAGCUCCGCAUCGCAGUCAAAGAACAGAAGCCCAAAGGUCGCCGUGAGAAGCGCUCAAGGAAGUAUGUUCCAGUCAAACCGCGACAUCCAUAUAAAUUCUCCGAGGAUGCAUUGUUCUCUGUUGACGACUAUCUCGGCAUGGAGGAAGAAAUUGUGGUACCCGGAGAUAACAGAAUCGAGGUAGAGAUGACAAAAACUUGGGGGCUGAAUGUGGUAGACGAGGAAGAAGACUCUUAUACCCCUCCCGAUGCCAGGGAAUCUUCUUCGAUAAUGGAUCAGGUCGAUGAGCUAAUUGCCGAAGAGAAGAGAAGACUGCCUAUUACUGAGUACUUCGGUCAUUCGAUGCACUUCGGUCAGUAAAUGAACCUCAACCUGGCAAGAGUGUCAUACACCAGGUCAUAGCAGGACACGACAUGGUGGGCUUCCAGUAGAG